ACAAGUGGGGGGUUCCUCGGUGGGAACUUUGGCAGCGGUUGGGGAAUGGAGAGGGGAAUGCGACCUUCUUCCCCCACCCCCAGAAGCGCUGCUCCUGCCAUCAUCGCUCUCGCCCCACUGUCAGAGGGAAGGGGGGCUUCGCAGUAACCUUGCCAAGGGGGAGCUUGGGGCGUAAAGCUGGAUGAGGGAAGUGCUGCUAAUUGCUUCUAGAAGGCAGGGGAGGCCAAGCACUCUCUGUGCCCUCGCUGUUUAAAGGCUAAAAUAAAAAAAUCCCUUCCCUUUCCACCCAGUGAUAGUAUCUGCGCAUGUAGCCCCAUUAAGUUGUUUUUAGAAAGGAAGAAGAUGGAAAGUAAUGCUGUUCUUUUGGAAUCGAAAUCCUCGCCUAUCAACCUUCUGAAUGAAAUGCACCAACUGCGUCUCCUGGGCCACCUUUGUGAUGUGACUGUGAGUGUGGAGUAUCAAGGUGUCAGAGCAGAGUUUGUUGCUCACAAAGCUGUGCUGGCAGCAACAAGCAAGUUUUUUAAAGAGGUAUUUCUUAAUGAAAAGGGCAUGGAUGGACAAAAGACAAACAUAUUCUUGUAUGAAGUCCAGGUAGCUGACUUUGCAUCUUUUCUGGAGUUUGUCUAUACUGCCAGGGUAGAGGUAGAAGAAGAUCGGGUGCAACGCAUGUUGGAAAUAGCUGAAAAACUUAAGUGCUUGGAUUUAUCAGAAACUUGCUUUCAGCUAAAAAAGCAGAUGCUGGAGUCCGUAUUAUUGGAGUUGCAAAAUAUUUCUGAGUCACAGGAUGCUGAAGAGGAUGGUGGGGCUCAAUCAAACAAUUUACUUGAGCCUAAGGCACUUCUUGAAGCACAAGGUGACAGUGUGGAUUAUUUUGCAAAUUCGUCACUGGAAAGGUUUAGGGAUGGAGAGAGCCUUGAGGCGCCUGCUACUAAAUUAAAGGAUAAGCUAGAAAAGAAGAAAGAAGCCCUGAAGACUCCCUGUUCCAAAAUCAGGAGGGCCAGUGGAAGACUGGCUGGCAGGAAAGUGUUUGUGGAAAUACCAAAGAAAAAGUACACAAGGCGCCUGCGAGAGCAACAAAAGUAUGCUGAGGCUGCUGCUGAAGAGAGCAGAGUCUCUGAAGACCACAACAUGCAUGAGGAAGAGAAAGAGGAAGAGGAGAAAGAGCAAGUGGCGAAUAGUGUGAAGCCUGAAAACAAAGGGUGUGAUGGGACUGUUGAAGGGGAGGAGAACUUAACUAAAUCUGAGGAGGAUAAAAAGAACCGUGGUGGCAAUUUUACAUGUAGCACCUGUGAGAGAGAAUUCCUCUAUGAGAAGAGCUUUCUGAAGCACAUCAAGCACAGCCACGGAAUUGCAGCUGAAAUUAUUUACCGCUGUGAAACCUGCUGCCAGACUUUUGCCAACCGGUGCAACCUCAAAAGCCACCAGCGCCACGUCCACAGCAGCGAGCGUCACUUCCCGUGUGAGCUCUGUGGUAAGAAGUUCAAGAGGAAGAAGGACGUCAAGAGGCAUAUUCUGCAGGUUCAUGAGGGUGGUGGGGAGCGUCAUCACUGCCUACAAUGUGGAAAGGGUUUGAGCUCCAAAACGGCCUUGAGGCUUCAUGAAAGGACGCAUACAGGCGACAAGCCUUAUGGGUGCACAGAGUGUGAGGCUAAGUUUUCUCAGCCUUCGGCACUUAAAACACACAUGAGAAUCCACACUGGUGAAAAGCCUUUUGUUUGUAGUGAUUGUGGAGCAAGAUUCACCCAGAAUCACAUGCUCAUAUAUCAUAAAAGGUGUCACACAGGAGAACGACCUUUCAUGUGUGAGACAUGUGGGAAGAGCUUUGCCUCUAAGGAGUAUUUGAAACACCACAAUCGAAUCCACACUGGGUCCAAGCCAUUUAAAUGUGAAGUUUGCUUCCGAACAUUUGCACAGAGGAAUUCACUCUAUCAGCACAUUAAAGUUCAUACAGGUGAGCGUCCCUACUGUUGUGAUCAGUGUGGUAAACAGUUCACACAGCUCAACGCCCUGCAGCGCCAUCAUCGGAUUCACACAGGCGAGAAACCAUUCAUGUGCAAUGCUUGCGGUCGGACUUUUACAGACAAAUCUACUCUCCGGCGACACACCUCAAUUCAUGAUAAAAACACACCCUGGAAGUCUUUUCUUGUCGUUGUUGAAGGAGCCUCAAAGAAUGAUGAGGAUCAUAAGACAGAGCUUCCAGAUGAGGAAUAUGAUGUGGCCCAUUCUAAAAUAUCAGAAAAGUUGCUGUCUUUCUCUGAAAAUGGGCACUAUCAAAGUCUGACUGCUAUCCAAGGAAACAUGACUGCUCUGCAUGAAAAUCAGGGAUCCCCCCUGGUAACAGACUGCAAAUCAGGUAGCACAGGAGGUGCCCAAGAAGCCCCCAUUGGCACAACAUUGCAUGACCUCACGGUGUUGCACACCCAAACAGACUCUCUUCAGCCACCCCUGCACACCUUGGUGAAUAUGGAAUAGGAUCAUCUGCUCAGAAGAAAAUUCUGGUCCAGGAUAAUCUGCUUAAUACUGUAGACUCCUCCAACACUCGGAGGCCACAAAAUGAUAAAAGCUUAUGGUGGGUGCUCUCAGUGUACUGUCUGCUUCCCAAACCAACAUUUCUGGAAUUGUUUCUUAACUGAAGAAUUUUCUCUCUUGGCCUAUCUGUUAAGAGAAAAUUACUCUUUCAUGUGUUGUCUGUGUAAUUUUAAAGUAGAUUCCAGAUUGCACAGUUAAAGCUGUGUGAAAAGUGAAGGCUACUACUGUUCUAAUCCAGAUUCCUCCCUCAAUCUGUCCCUUGUCAUAACGGUUUCUUCAACUAUAGUUUUUUGUUGAUCCCUCUGAAAGGAGAGUAGUUCUGAUUUUGUGUUUUUCUCUCAGUCAUUGAUUCCACAUUGUAUUCAAAUAAAUAUGAAAUUUUACAGUACAAUCUAUCUCUGGGCCCAACAUUUAAUACAAUUUUAAUUUAGGGUUUUUUUAAUUACAUAAGAAAAAGAAAACUUUGUUAAAACUGAUAAUGGGAAAUGUCUGACUCUUCUGAGCACAGAUUUUCUUUUGGGAAAACUGGGAAGCCAGUUUUGCAGAAGUUCAUUGCAGUUCAUAUAAGCUGAGUGAUAAGACUGUUCUAAGCAGCUUGGAGAAGAUUUCAAAGUCAGGUUACUAAAUGCCUUGUGCAGAACUUACUGGGGAGGUCUACAAGUCUUUUCCUGUGGCUGAGCCUGCUUCCUAAAUUACUCUGUGGCUCUCUGCAAGCCUCAUCAAUCUGCUCUCUUUCUCCUUAGUCUCUGCUAUUCUGUCUACCUGGUCACUUUUUGUUAGUGUUCUCUUCUUUCUGUACUAUACUCCCCACAACUAGGUGUACAUCUUCAUCCUCCUGUCACAAGUAUACCCUUGCCAGCAUACAUUCCCCACAUAGAAAGGGCAUUCACAAGGCACUGUCCUUCAUUCCCUCAAAUACCCUUAUUAUUCUCAAUGUCUUCUGAAUUUGCAAGGAUCACACACUUGGUCAUGAGACAGAGUAUUCUGUAACUUCAUACAUUUCACUGACAGCAGAGUCUUACAGGAAAUUGCUUAAAGUAUUAAAUUUGGUUUUCUCAAGUGAGACUGCACAUCUUAUUGGUAAUCUAUUGUAGCUCUCCCCAAAAAAUGAUUUAAUUUUGUUGUAGAACAGAUAACACAUGCAGGUUUCUGGUCAUGGUCUGACGUUUUCUGAGUAAAUACUCAAUUUUAAUAUUAGCUGAUGUUUGUACCAAAGCCUGCAAAAUCUGCUGGAGAUAAGUUACAGCCAGAACAAGCAUUCUAAGAAUGGCUAGUAGCCAUCUGGAAGGAGGGUUUUUUAGGCCUCCAGCUUAAUUUUUUUAAGGUUUUCCAAUAUGUACAUGAAAGGUUGGUUCAGUGAAGCUUUAGUACUCAUAGCAGGAAAGGAAGCCCAUGUAACAGCCAAGGCAAAGCAACUGCCAAAAGGGAAUACAAGUCUGUUUUAAAUGAUGUUUUUCUUAACAUUGGGGUUACAAAAGUAAAGGCUUAUUUUGCUAUAAUUCAUUGAUACUGUGCCUUUUUUUAAUUCAGGAAACAAACAAGUGCCAUAUCCAAAAUCUGACUUUCUAUUGACUUCCUACAGGACUUGAACUUGCUAGUAUAACUGCUAAGAGUAAUCUAUAUUUAUGAAUACAAUAUUCAAGCCCAGAAGCACCUCUCUUAAAAGAGAAUGAAGUAAGUGGAGAGCACCUCAGUGUUUGCACCGCUGGAGGUUGCCAACAAGUUGGGAGAGUGAAGUAUCGCUCAUAAGAACUGAUUUUCAGACAAAUCCGAAGUUCAGGGUAAUUGUUUUAGCUUAUACAAUGUUAUUUCAGGAAAAAAAGAGUUAGAGAUACAGUGCUUUCAAACUUAAGCAUACUUCUGUAGUUAUUCUGUUUCUGUCUUUUGGCACACUGAAGAACUAAGCUAUAACAUUAUUUUGUCUUUAAUGCUGUGGUUUCACUCUCUUUUUGCAUGCCUUGAUACAAUGCUCCUUCGAAGAACUGGUUGUGAUGGUUAAGCAAAGUGGGUGUGCUCCUACAGAGGAUCUAGUCCUCAGAACUUUGCUGUUUGUUUUGUCAGCAUUAUGCUUGAGGGUUCAUGUAGUCAGGCUUAGCCUUCUCUGAAUGUUUUCUUCCUCCUGCCCUUGAUUAAAUUAGGAAUCAUCUGGGGGUGGGGGACAAUCUCUGCCAACUGUGAUAUAAGCACCGUAUCAGUUAUCCAAAAUCCUGCCCAAAAAUCUUGUUUGCUGAAAGGCAAAGCAAUAAAAGAGGAGUCCAACAAUGUGUCAGUUAUUUUUUUGUAAAUCCCUUAAUAAGAGUUUGUUACUAUUUACUCAGUUUGUUUAAUCUACAAAAAGGGACCUUUUUAGAGAAAGUGGACUUUGAAGAUGUUAUAUUUAAAUAUUUAUUUUGUAAUCCAUGUGCUUUUUUAUUUUAAUGACCAAUUGCAAAUAAUUUGUAGUAAAUAUUUAAAUCUUUAUUUGUAGUAUCUAGCUAGGGAAUUUUUUUUGUACUCUAUAAAGAUAUAGAAGUGGGUUGACUUGUAUGAAUUGGAAAGCCCUAUUAAAAGAAUUUUAAAUAGUGACAA